AUGACAUGUCAUAAUAGUAAUUGUAUACCAUGGUCAACAUUAUUAGAAUGUGACAAGGUAAAAGAAGAAAUGUUGACAAAAGGAAUAGGAAUUAGAUCAAAAGGAUAUAAAGAAUAUAUUAAACCAUACAAGAAAAAGUUGAAGUACUUUAUCAAUUCAUUGGCAGAGGCAAUUGAAUCAAAAGAGAUUGCUGAACGUAAACUAUACUCGAUGAAGGAUUUGUAUCGAUUGACAACUGUCUAUGCUGACAAGGACUGUCAUGAUGACGAUGGACUCAAUCGAUAUGUGUGUAGGUUUUGUGACCCUGCACCUCUGCAUUCUGGCAAUCCAACACAAUACUUUUCAUUUUGGGAGGGCGAGCAGGAAUGGAAGCUUGGAGGUGACCACAAUCGAUACUCUUACGAGGUGUGUGUCAUUAAACUAUUGUGGCGAAGAAACAAAAUGGCAAAUAUAUUGGCAUUGAUUCAACGUGGUGGAGAUCUUGAUCUAAUGGACAAUCUUCAUGAUUUUUGUGGUGGUUAUGGACUGUACAAUACAAUGCACGAGUGUCUAAGGAUGUAUAUAUUUGUUAACCUUUAUAUUGCUGCUGGUACUGUCAAUCAACAAAGACUCAAUCCUAAAACGAAACGAUUGGAAUACCCAAAACAUACAAGUGACACUUCUGAAAAAUUGAUAGAGUUUGAUAUCUUUGCACCAUACCUAGAACCCAAACAAAGUCGGUACAUGUCAACUCUACUCACAGAUGAUUAUCAUCAAGAAAAUAAUAUCUCCAAAUUGGCAUUUAAAAUGAUUUACAAUUAUAGUAUGAUGGCAAGAGAAUGGGGUAAACCAAAAGAUUGGUAUACCGAAAUUAAAAUUGCUCUUGCUCAUAAUGAUUUUAGUUUUAGAUUCUUAAUUCCUCUUUAUUGGCAACAUGAUGAUGAAAAUGAAAAUGAAGAUUAA